CUCGACAGAAAAAGGAAAGUAUGGAUCAGAGAGCCGCGGAGUAUCGGUGGAAGGUAGACUCACGAAACGUCAGCGGAGAUUAUCAAUACCUCCAUGGCGUUGAUAGCGACUGACCGGGGCUGCAAACUGAACGGGACUUCGGCGAUUUACAGUCGAGUUGGGCCGAGAAAAGAAGCGUUUCAAGGCAAGACUGAGAGCUUUAAAACUGCCAAAAUGCAGCCAAAAGAGACGGAGUAUUCAACAGAUGGCCUGCCCAAAGCUUUCCUCCACAGUCUGAGGACCCUGUUUGACAUAUUGGAUGACGGUGGACGGGGCUAUGUCCACAUCUCGGAGAUCGAGAGCCGCUGGCAGGGCGCGGACACCCAGGACCUGCCCGGCGGGGUGCUGAACUGCCUCAGGAGGGUCACCCCGCCGCAUGGGUGCCUCACCUUUGAGCGGUUUGUUGCGGGGCUGCGGUACUCCAUGCUCAACCCGGAGAACAGCUCACACUUCAAGGCCCAUGCUGCCGUCCACCCGCAGCAGGCUCCGAAGCAACCCCAGAAACCCGCCCCACUGUCCGCGUGUGGCGUCGAGAGCCGGAUCGAGAACAAGGUCCGUCCGCUGGGGCCGAGCAACGUGACCAACACCCAGCAGCACCGGGCGUCCUCACUCCAGAGCCGGGGCAGGCCGGAGGAGGGGCCCGGGUACCCCGCGUGUGGACCGGCGAGGUAUGGCGCGGGUUUCGAGAGGUCCGGGCGGAGUUUGGAGCGGAUUCCUGUCGCUCCGGAGGGAGGGUGUUACAGGGCCGACCCGGGCCAUGCCACUAAACCGGCACAGCCCCAGCAGUGCCAGGUCAGGUCUAUUGAGUCGCUUGCUCUGGAGUCACCGCAGCUCCAAGGACCAAGUGUUGUGAAAUCAGGUUUACCAAGAUCUCAGAGCGAAUCAGCAACAGGAUUUACUGGUGGCUCCAGGCGACACGGGCGGAGUCGGGAGGAGCAGAGACGGCAUACCAUUUCCAACGGAGUGGAUUAUGGAAUGUUGAAGCAAAUGAAAGAGCUGGAGCAGGAGAAGGACUCCCUGCUGGCGGGCCUGGAGGUGGUGGAGCGGGCCCGAGAGUGGUACCAGGGCCAAAUCCACAACGUCACAGAGAGACAGCGGCAGGUCGGCCAGAGCUCCCACUGCACGGAUUUCUUCACAGAAGCCAGUCAGAGUCGCAUGAAUGUUCUCAUUCCCAAACUCCAAGAAGUCAACCACUGCCUUAAUGACCUUAUCUCCUGCACUGGGAUGCCGUCAUUUCCUUCUAGCGGAGUUCAGACCACAGCACUCUCAGCAAACUCCCAGCCUCCGGCUCCAGCUCCUCCUCAAGCCAUCCAGAGACUGAAGGACCAGAACCGACUUCUCACACAGGAGGUGACGGAGAAGAGCGAGCGCAUCACCCAGCUGGAACAGGAGAAAUCGGCUUUGAUAAAGCAGCUUUUUGAUGCUCGGGCCCGCAGCGCGCAGGACACCAGCACCAUGGAUUCCACCUUCAUCUGAACACGAUUACACUCUGAGCAACACCGCAACAUCACCGCGUUUCUAGGAGACAUCAUCUGCACUGUUCUGGAGUCACAGUUUUACAAGACUGAAGCUGACUCUUUGUUUACCCAACUGACCACUCGUGGCAGUGACGCACCUUUUAGCCAUGACACACCAAAACCCUCGACUGCAGCAUGUCACCACUCCACCCUGAACCAAACCCGCACUAACCUAGAUGCAAACACUCCCGAAUGACUUGACCCAAAGAAUCGAAAAGGGUCUUUUACUUGCUGCCUUCAUGUUCCCUGCAUAAGCUGAAAAGACUAGAGCACUAUCAAGAAAUGAGUGGGGUCUCGUGAGAUCCCAUCUCUCCCUCUCUUGCAGCAUCUGCAAGAUCUCCACCCCCACUCCCGAAAGACUGUUGUUUUACUUCUGCUGCUUGACUGCACAGACAGCAUUAAAAACAUAACCUUUAACUUAGAGGUCCAAAAAGGAAUUGGACGACAAUUGGACGGGGGUUUGUUGGAAUAAAAUGCCAUAUUCUCACAGUUAAAUCUGAAAACAAGUCAGGCGCAUCUGCUUGCUGUGAUCUAUCAACUACAUUUCUGUUUAAAUCUUUUAAGUUUGGUACUUUGAUCUCAGUAAUUAUGAGAUACACUUUGCCCCUCGUCUUCCAGUAUUACCUUCCUUUUAAUGUAAAUUGAUAACAAUGUUUACCUGACAUUCGCUUUCUGGUUUUUGGUUUUUAAUUUCAAACACAGAUAGAGGAAUGGCAGAGAAGAAUGGUUUUUGCUGUAUUUUGUAGUAGCAUGCUAAACAUUAAAGACCUUUCGAGAUGUCUUUUUUUUUUUUUUUUUUUUAGAUUUGAAACGAGAUGGGAGGACAGUUUACAAGCCGAUGAGAUGUCGCGGCAGAGACGGACGAGAGAAGUUUGCACGUAGACGAGCGCUGAGGAGGAUAAACACGGUAGACAGCGAAUGUGUCAGAGUUGGGAGAUGUUCUGAUGUCAUGUCAGAGACAAAAAAAAAUCACUUUGGCUAUCUAGUGCUACAUCCCCUGUAUGUCUUUACAGUGGAGUCUUUGCAUGGGUCAUUUUUUUAUCUAAAAAAUAUUUAUCUUCUGAAGAGAUUUCUGUUUGAAACCCAGAGAUUAGCACAGAUGUAAAAACCCAUUUUGUCCUCAUAAGUGUCCCCCCGGAAACCAUUGACUUUAGACUAAGCUGAACAAAUAUUUAGCCAUCCACAAGUUUACAAGAGAGAUAGAUAGUUGGUGGGUGGCGGUAGGAAAAAAAAACAUUGUAGUUUUAUAAUGGAUCUGUAUGGUACUGCUGGGAUGUCUGCACAUAACAUAGUUAAAUACUGUCGAUGUCUGUUUCCCACUUGUUUGAUUGUAUCUUGUUUCUUGCUGCUCAAACUACAUUAUGUGUGAGUGAAAUUCUUCCUUCUGCUUUCUAUCAAGAGUACACAGACUUCUGAUGAGAGGUUAAAAAAAAUAAAUAAAUACGAUCAAACGAU